AGUCGCUGUACACACGGCAUUCUGCAACCAAACCCAGACUCCAACGCUUCACUGCAGAAAAAAAAAACUCCGUGAAGUAUUGUACCAAAAAGUUUGAGGUCCCAGUUUCGCAGUGACAGUCGUCGUAAGCGGAAAUCAAAAGUGAUUCUGGUGUGAGCAUUCAGUGCGUCAGAGCAAUAAGGAUGCAAUUCUCAAUAACCCACCUGUUGGUGUUGAGCGCGCUGGUGGCGGUCUGCUGGGCGCAGGCCAAGGAGACCAAGCCGCGCGUGUCGGAGUCAGCCCUAGAAGAGGCACUGAACGACAAGCGCUACAUCCAGAGACAGCUCAAGUGCGCGCUCGGAGAGGCGCCCUGUGACCCCACGGGGAAACGGCUGAAGACCUUGGCCCCGCUGGUCCUCAGAGGCGCCUGUCCCCAGUGCACCCCUCAGGAGACCAAACAGAUCCAAAGAACCCUGUCCUACGUCCAACGGAACUUCCCCCAGGAGUGGGCCAAGAUAGUGCGACAGUACGCGGGUUAAAGCUCGCUUCAACUCAAUGACACUUUUAUUUUUAUUUAAAUAAAAAAGAAAUUAAAAUUAA